AAGCCAGUACCUACGUCAAAUUGAAAGCUUGACAAUGUCAAACACUCAGAAAAACCUUUCAUAAAUAAAAACUGACCAUUACCGAAUGAAACUCGCAUCCAUUAUCAUUUUAUCAUGCGCACUACUAGUAUCCUGCACGGAAAAUGACGCAGAAGGUCCUGUAGCCAACAAAGAACAAAUCUCCUGCUUAGCAGGCGAAGAGUGUACUCCUCGCACAGGUGGAAAGGGAACUCUAGCUUCGAACAUUGCUUUCAAGGCUGCUCAGGAAGCUAAAGCUGCCGAAGAUGCCCAACAACAGGCAGGUGCACAAGCAGCCAAGCAGGUCAAAGAACAAUUAGCGGGAAAAGCGAUGGAGGCAGCUCAAGCCGCUGAUGCUGUCCUUUCGGGAAAGGAGGAUCUUGUGGAACAGUUACAAAAAGAAAUAAAGGAAGCGGACAUGGUGCUCAAUGAGGAAUCGUCAAGUCUUCAACAACUCCAACAAACAGCACAAUUCGCAACUAAAUCUAACCAACAAGCUCAAGCAGAGCUCAAACUCCUCCAAACCUCAAUACAAAUGGCCAGAAUCAAUGCCGCUAAUUCUCAACAGGCUUUUGAAGGUAUCAGCCAGCAACUCAGUGAAAAAGAACAACUCCUGGAAGCAGCCAAGUCUCGACUGGAGCAAUUAACACAUCAGCUGGAAGGGGCCAAAAAGGAAUUGGCAAAGACCAGGGACGCAGCUAAGAAAGCAGAGACAGCUGCGGCUGAGGCUAAGCAAAAUGCCGGAAGAAACAAGAGGAGCGUUUCUAAAAGAAAUAGGAAAAAGUGACGUAGAGCUUUCACUUGAUUCAUUUUCCCUUCUUCAUAUAUUUUCAUUAUGAUUUAUAUUAUUAUAAUUGAUAAUGCUGAUAAAAGUGUUUGGAGUUUUUCUAUCAGAAAUUAACAAAAUUUGUUGAAAAUCAGGUUACCUGUGCAGAUUUCAAUAUCCACAGUUUGAACUGACUAAGAAACUUACAGAUUUUAUUCCCAUUACGAAUGUUAUCAUAUAAGUUCCUAACCAUUCCAAAUUCAUAUUAUAUACAUUACUAGCUGACCCGGCAAA